AUGGUCUGGCCCUUCUCGUCCAACAAGUCCGCCGAUGCUUCGGCCUCGUCCUCCACAGCACAGCCGUCUUUCGAGGCUGUAGCUCCGGCACCGGCGGACGCCACCGUGGCCCAGAACCCUACAUCGGACAGCCCCACCGACUACCUUCGCAGCCACACCUUUGUCCACCCCUCGUCGCCAUCACCGUCCACGUCUGGCUCGUCGGCCGAGUACGUCCCCAACGCAGCAUCUCUCCUCGGCGACUCGUCGCUCAACCUCGGCGCGCUCUCCCCGCUCGCCGGCCUCGGCAAGGAUGAGCUCGAAUACCUCGAUCUCACCGACGGCGCUCCCUCGAGCAUGGAGGGCGCACGAACCGCCGUCCCCUCGCGUGGCUGGUCCGACGACCUCUGCUACGGUACUGGCACCACCUACCUCUCCGGACUUGCCAUCGGUGGCCUGCUCGGUGCGCGCGAAGGCUUCUUCCGUCCGCUCGGCGUCGACAACCCCACCUUCCGUCUGCGUCUCAACGCCGUGCUCAACCAGGUCACGCGUCGUGGCUCCUUCUUUGGCAACUCGGCGGGCGUCGUCGCGCUCAUCUACAACCUCGUCGAUGCAUCCAUCGAUGGCGUGCGCGGCAAGCACGACAUUGCAGGCGCCGUCACGGCAGGCGCCAUCUCGGGCGCUCUUUUCAAGUGCACCGCCGGCGUCCGUCCCAUGGCCGUCGCUAGCGGUAUCAUGAUGGCCGCCGCCGCUACCUGGACCACCGCAAAGCAGGCGCUCUUGUAA